CGCCCCCCUACUGUGCCAACAUGGCGGCGCCCAGGUCCUAAUCCUGGAAACGUGUACCGAAACGAAUUUCCUGCUCGCUUUUCCGAGAAAAGGCUUGAUGGACAGAGGCGCCCGCGGAUGCCCCGCGCGAGGACCCUGCUGUGGCUAAGCCUCCCGCUCCGCUCCUCCCGCCGUCUCUGUAGAGCCCCGGUGAUGGAAGGGCAGCCCCGAGAGCCGCCGGAUUCGGCUGCGAUGAAGAACGGCACGGGGACCUGUGGCGCAGAGGAGUGGCCGCCGCUGGCCCAGGAGACGACAGUCACCGAAGGGGCCGCCAAGAUCGUCUUUCCCAGUGCCAACCAAGUCUUCUACAAUCCCGUGCAGGAGUUCAACCGGGACCUGACAUGUGCAGUGAUCACCGAGUUUGCUCGCAUGCAGCUUCAGACCAAAGGAAUCCAGAUCAAGGUGCCAGGUGAGAAGGACGUGCAAAAGGUGGUCGUGGAUUUAUCAGAACAAGAGGAGGACAAAACCAAACUGAAAGAGGGCAAACCCCUCACCCCAGGAGACCAGCCUCGAACAGCAGCCGUGAGAGAGAUCUGUGAGGAGGGACUGCGGGUGCUGGAGGGCCUGGCAGCCUCUGGCCUGCGUUCCAUACGCUUCGCCCAAGAGGUGCCAGGACUGCGAUCUGUGGUUGCCAAUGACGCCUCUGCCCGAGCCGUGGAUCUCAUACGCCACAACGUGCAGCUGAAUGACGUGGGCCACCUGGUAGAGCCCAGCCAGGCUGAUGCCCGCAUACUGAUGUACCAGCAUCAGAGGGCAUCAGAACGCUUUGACGUCAUUGACCUGGAUCCCUAUGGCAGCCCCUCUCCUUUCCUGGACGCGGCAGUACAGGCUGUGAGUGAAGGAGGACUGCUGUGUGUGACCUGCACGGACAUGGCAGUGCUGGCAGGCAACAGUGGGGAGACAUGCUACAGCAAGUACGGGGCCAUGGCGCUCAAGAGCCGCGCCUGCCAUGAGAUGGCUCUGAGGAUCGUCCUGCACAGCCUUGACCUCCGGGCCAACUGUUACCAGCGCUUCCUGGUCCCGCUGCUCAGCGUCAGUGCAGACUUCUAUGUGAGAGUGUUUGUCCGGAUCUUCACGGGCCAGGCCAAGGUCAAGGCCUCAGCCAGCAAGCAGGCCCUGGUGUUCCAGUGUGUGGGCUGUGGGGCUUUCCACCUCCAGCGCCUUGGCAGAGCUUCUGCAGCCUCAGGGAAUCGGAUCAAGUUCUCGGCAGCUUGUGGACCUCCGGUGAUGCCCGAGUGUGAGCACUGUGGGCAGAAACACCAGCUUGGCGGUCCCAUAUGGGCAGAGCCCCUCCACGACCUAGACUUCGUGGGCCGUGUCCUCCAGGCAGUGAGCACCAACCCUGGCCGCUUCCACACCUCAGAGCGGAUCCGAGGUGUCCUGAGUGUCGUCACUGAGGAGCUCCCUGACGUGCCCCUGUACUACACCUUGGACCACCUGAGCAGCACCAUCCAUUGCAACACUCCCAGCCUCCUGCAGCUGCGGUCUGCCCUCCUCCAUGCCGGCUUCAGAGUCUCCCUCUCCCACGCCUGUAAGAACGCAGUGAAAACCGACGCCCCCACCUCUGUUCUCUGGGACAUCAUGCGAUGCUGGGAAAAGGAGUGUCCAGUGAAACGGGAGCGGCUGUCAGAGACCAGCCCAGCUUUCCGCAUUCUCAGCGUGGAGCCCAGUCUGCAGGCCAACUUCACCAUCCGGGAAGAUGCCAACCCCCGCUCCCGCCAGCAAGGACUCAAGCGCUUCCAGGCCAACCCCGAGGCCAACUGGGGGCCCCGGCCACGUGCCCGGCCAGGGGGCCAGGCGUCAGGCAGUGCCGUUCGGGAGAGGAGCAAGCGGAAGGAGCCAGCUGAGGACCCAGCUCAGCGAGCCGCCCGGCUCAAGAACUUUCCCUGCAAGAGGUUCAAGGAGGGCACUUGUCACCACGGCGACCAGUGCUGCUACUCACACAGCCCGACGCCCGGUCUUGGUGCCCCUGCCCCCACUGACUGCCCUGCGGUCUGAGGCCCGAGGCCUGGAGCCGCCGCUGGACCCAGCCAAGACUGAACCAAUAAAAAGAUGUCUUUCCUUUAA